GGUUAGUUAAAAUUAUAUAAGUGGAUGAAUAGUGAAAUAAGGUUGAUGUGAUAUGUAAAAUUAUUAAUUGAUAUUAUUUAAUUAUAUGAAUAAUAUUAAUAAUAGUUGAGUUGAGUUAAAAUUGAGUUAAACAAAUUGGUUGAGUUAUAAAUGUUAGGAUUUUUUGGAUAAAUUUUUAUCCAAGCAUCAAUCCCCAAUUUGGUGUCUCCACCUUCGACCUUCGUUUGUAUCGCUCUUCAAAUACUAAUCUCACUUCUAUACUUGGCAACCUCCAGAUUCAAUCAGCCAUGGCUUCCAUUUCCAAGCUCUCAACCUCAGCUUUCACGCAGUCGGCCACCAGCUCAAGGCUAAGCAACGGAUCUUCACAGCAACCCAUCCGCUGUUUCGGUCCAAUCAAACGAGCUGCCGCCUUUGAUCAUCUGCUUUUCUCUUCAAAGCUGAGUGUGCGCAGCCAUCUUCCCAUCAAGGCUUCUAUGAAGUUGCUUAUCAGUGUCAGAUGCUCAAUGAAUGAUGGAAAUGGAAGAAGUGUAAAGAAAACCACUCUUCAUGAUCUUUAUGAGAAGGAAGGGCAGAGCCCAUGGUAUGAUAAUUUAUGCCGUCCGGUGACUGAUCUUAUUCCACUGAUCGAAAGCGGAGUCAGAGGUGUAACUAGCAACCCAGCGAUUUUCCAGAAAGCAAUAUCAACUUCAAGUGCUUAUAAUGAUCAAUUCAGAGAACUUGUUCAGUCUGGAAAGGACAUAGAAAGUGCGUAUUGGGAACUUGUGGUGAAAGAUAUCCAAGACGCAUGCAAACUUUUCGAGCCUAUUUAUGAUCAAACAGAUGCAGGUGACGGAUAUGUCUCAGUUGAAGUUUCACCCAGACUUGCUGAUGAUACUGUGAAUACAAUAGAAGCUGCGAAAUGGCUUCACCAAUGGGUUGAUCGUCCUAAUGUCUACAUAAAGAUUCCUGCAACAGCUGCAUGCAUUCCAUCAAUCAAGGAAGUCAUUGCACAAGGAAUAAGUGUUAAUGUUACACUUAUAUUCUCUCUUGCUAGAUAUGAAUCAGUCAUUGAUGCUUACCUGGAUGGUCUUGAGGCUUCGGGCCUCAGUGAUCUCUCGAGAGUCACGAGUGUUGCUUCAUUCUUUGUGAGUCGAGUGGAUACGCUUGUUGAUAAGGUGCUCGAGAAGAUUGGGACACCCGAGGCACUUGAUCUCCGUGGGAAGGCUGCAAAUGCUCAAGCAGCUCUGGCUUACGACCUCUAUCAGAAGAAGUUUUCUGGGCCAAGAUGGGAAGCUCUGGUGAAGAAAGGAGCAAAAAAGCAAAGGCUUCUGUGGGCCUCAACCAGUGUCAAGAAUCCUGCUUAUCCAGACACACUAUAUGUUUCCACUAUGCCCGAUCAAGCACUCCAAGCAUUCAUCGAUCAUGGCUCUGUUGCAAGGACUAUCGACUCCAAUAUCCCAGAAGCCAAAGGCAUUUACAGCGCUCUCGAAAAAUUGGGUGUCGAUUGGAGUGAAGUUGGAGCUCAACUUGAGCUGGAAGGGGUCGAGUCCUUCAAGAAGAGUUUCGAUAGCUUGCUCGAUAGCUUGCAGGAGAAGGCGAAUUCUCUUAAGCUCGUGAGCCUUUGAACGUUAUGAAACUUUUUUUGUGUUAUUGCUAUAAGGAUGAAUUUUAAUAAAGCUGACUGGAGUUACGGUCACUGGAUUCCUUCCUCUGUACUGGUUGAUGUGUGUUUGUAUGAUUACAUUUUUCUGGAUUCUGUUGGCUUAUAAAGUCCUUGUUUUGUUGUAGCCUUGCAGGGGAAGAAGAUACAAUUGCGGUAAAUAGUUGAAUUGUAAGUGGUGGGUGGUUUGGAGACUAAAAGAUAUGGACUGAUAAUAAUAAAAUCGAAUGACCUAUCUUUUACUAAUUAACAGCUACUAUCAACAUAUUCAUAACAUUGCAACAUUUCCAUUUUG